AGUUUUGACUUUUGAUUUGUGAUUGUGAAUUUCUGAUUCACUCACAUGCUUGUUGUUUUUAUGUUUUUAUUGUCGAAUUUAAGUGAAUUAUCAAAGAAACUCGCUUUAAUUAGUUUUCAAGGAAACUAUUGGCUGUCACUACAAUGAGUCAUAUUUUUAAAAAGCUACAUGAUGUUGAUCCAAAUAAUCCAGAUGCUAUAAAGGAUGUCUUGACAACAUUCUUUCAAGGCUUAUCAAAAUAUUCGGAAACAAGCAACAGCAAAUGGCUACGAGCAUUAGAAAAUAUUAUAACUCGUUACCCUAAAUACUGUAGUUCACAUAGAAACACAAUAGAAGAAUAUUUAUCAAACUUUGUAGAAUCAACAGAUGAUUUUAUUGUUAUCGAAGCUGCUAAAUGUGCACAUGCUAUUCAACAGGUCAGGCCACCCCAGGAGAAGACUGCAACAGCUAAAAACUGCUGGAGAGAACAUCUUAUUGUUCUGUGCAAUGUCGCCCACAAACUCAUUAGUAAACUCUUCCCUAACACUGUAGACAUGUACAAAAAUGUUGCAGAUUCUCAGAAACCACUGUUUGAAUCUACUUCUACAUCUCCAUUAUAUACCGCUUUCACAGAAAUAAGUUCCCCAACAACCCAAAAUAACAUUGUGAAUAAAGAACAUAUAUUAAGCACUAAGCUUAAAAAUGUGUUAAUUUUCCUUCAGGCUGCACUUGUAGAAAUCUAUCCUGUUGCUAAACCUAUCCAGCCACAACUCAUUUUACAAUUACUAGUACGAGCUUUAAGUGUUUCCAGUGGUUCUAAGAUAAAUUUAGAUCAAUCCACUGUGGCUUCUAUUAAAAUUCAGGCUCUAAGGACCAUAGAUGCAUUGAGUGCUUGCUUAGGAUCAAAUCUUAUUCCAUUUUCGGCAUUAAUCUUCAAAAUCGCCAUACAAACACUUCAAUGGUGUACUGACAAUCCUAAUGAAGAAUCAAGAAAAGUGCGUUGCGCUGCAUACAACAGCCUCGCCCGUUGGCUGCGGCGACUGAAAACGCACCGUAUAUAUGGCGAUUCUACCGCCGGCCGAUCCUGGGAGGAAACACUAACUACAAAUGUGAUUGCUGACAUCACACCCGCCAGGCAUCUAGUUCAACUAACUUUGAAUCCACAAUCAACAAAGAACUUAAGUAAGAAAGCUAAGCGAAGGCUGGCCAAUACUAUGCUUCAGGAAAGCAGUAUUGCCGCGCAUGCCCCGGGAGAGAAAAACAAAACCAUAAUAUCAGAAGCGACAAAUGAUGAGGUGGCUAUAGCGGCACUUGAUUUUGCUGAAACCUUCAUUCUUGUCUGUGGAUUAUUUUUUAAACCUACUACCUGUAAAAUGUUACAAGAACGGUUAGUCAAAGAGUGCUACAAUUGCGACAAUCACUCACUGGAGCGAAGUCUGUCGCUGCUUCGAGCACUUGAAGCGUUGCGUAAAGGCGGCCCUAGCACUGUGGCCCCGCCUACUCAGUACUGCCUGCAGUUAUAUAGCAAGCUAAUAAACUCUGAACAAGAUCAGAUAUCGAGAUUUUGCUCGGAAGCGUUGUUAAACAUCAAAAUGCAUCUUCACUGCGCCCCGCCAUCUUUAAGUUUCGCCCUAGAAUCGCAAGAAAAAGAGAAGGAGUCGAAAAAGAGAAAGAAGAUCUCCGAGAAGAAUCGAGCCGCUUUGGCUGCAUUACUAGGGAAACAAAGAAUGCCGGCCGAAGACAACGACACUGAAGAAAUAAUUGACAUUUCUGAUGAACCGACUAACAAGAAGACACGAACAUCAACAGAAAUGGAUAAAAUAAGUGUGAGUAGUGACUCUGAUGAUGCUAUGGUGAUAGAGGAUGAUGUAGAUGAAGGCGAAGCAAUUAAUGAAUCCCCUCAUAAUAAUGACAAUAAUGAAAGUAGCUCUGAAGAAAUUGAAUUAGUUGUCGAAGUUGAUUUAACUUCUAACACACAUGAUAAGGUAACAAAAGACCUGGAAAUCCAAGAGGUAACUGACUCAAAUGGAAAAGACGUAACAAAUGUAGAAAAUUGUGAAGACGAUAAUGUACAAGUUGCUGAAACUUCCGAAAAUGCAGCUGUGACUGAAGAAAAUGUUGUUACAGAUACUCGUGAAAAUGUAACGCAAAAAUCAUCUGACACUAAUAUUCAUGAUCUUGCUACACAGAUACCUCUUAAUGUUUCUAAUGAUACUGUCGAUAAUGGUCGUAGCCCUCUUUCUAUGGAAGUAUCCUAUGAUUUCCCGAGCACAGGUAAAGAAAAAGUAACCAUUCUAGACAAGAUUGAAGAUGAGAAUCUUCCAAGCACGAAUGAAACUGACGAUAUCCAAAUAACUUGCGGUCAGGUUGUGGUGAGCUCUCAAGAUGUAGAAGUUGAGAAAAUUAAAGAAAACGGUGUUAAUGAAAAUGUUGAAAUCAAACUAAAUGGGGAUAAAACCCCAGAAAAAGAAUUAGACACGCAUGAAUUAGUAGAAAGUGGAACUGAAAAAAUAUCAGCAAAAGAUGUAAAUGUAGAUGAUAUGCUAGCUGAUUUUGUUGACGAAGUGGUUGAAGAAAACGUUACUAACGCAUAAUGUGCGUAAAUUUAAGAGAAUUUAUUAUAAUUCAUAAUUUUUUUAUCGUACUGCUUUGUUAAGGUUUUCAUUGUUACUGUAUUGCAGUGUUAAUAAUAUUUAUAUGAAUAUAUACCAGCUUCGAUUAUUAAUUUAUAAUUGCUUUUCAAUUUCAAACUGUUACCCAACCAAUAUAUUCUAUAGAAAUGUAUACCUUAUCCGUGCGGUGACGGAGAAAGAAUACUACUCACCGCCCCUUCUUUUCCUGUGGGUGUCGUAAGAAGGAUAUGGGAGAUACUAUCCGUUCUUCUGGUGGUAACACCCGCCUGGUUUGUUACCACCGUGCGCAUGGUGUAAAGCCCGAGAAGUCUCUCGCGCGUUUCGGGGUCAGCCAUCGUACAACCAGAGCUCGAGUAGGGGUUGUCGCGACAGAUUCGGUCCAGGGGAGGCAUCCGUCGAACCGAUACCGGGAGGACUGCAUCGACCCGACGGCCAGGGAGAUCCAUAGAAACAGCUGUCCCGCUGGUAGCCCGUGGCACAGUACAGGGGCCCGAGCGAUCCUAGCCAGUUUUGCGAAGCUGCCCCAUCAUAUCACGCAUAUUCUCGGGGUAGACCGUCGUGCCGGUUGGUGAC